AUGGCUCCUCCCAAGAACAAGACUGACGCGAACGUCAUGUUCCUCUACAUCUGUCUGAUGAAGUCCGGAAAAGAGAUCGACUUCAACGCCGUGGCCGAAGCCACCAAUUUGAACCCUCCCGCGGCGCGUAUGCGUUACUAUCGCCUCAAGAAGGUCCUCGACCCCCAGAUCAUCGAUGGCAAGGCGGACCUCACCAAGGCGGCGGCCGGCGAAGGUGACGCCUCUGAAGCUUCUCCUACUCCUUCGCCCCAGAAACAGCGUAUCACCAAGCGCAAGAAGGUUGAGGAGCCCACUGUGAAGGGCGAAGAGGAAGCCCAGGGCAAGUGA